AGGGCGGGGCGGGGCGGCCGCAGCGCCGCGCAGCCAGGCGGGAGGCGGCGCGGCCCUCCCGCGCCCAGGGGCGGGGAGCGCGGCGCCAGCCCCGCCUGUGGCACUCGGUGGAGCUGUUCAGCGCCCAGGUGCUGAGUCUCCCCCCGGCUUACAGAGGCUCCGGCGGCGCUCCCUCUCUACCGCGGCGAUGGCUCCGGCGCUCAGCCGCCUCCGCCAGGCACUCUGAGCGCCCGCCCCAGCGUGGAUGCAGAAGCUCCGGGCGCCCCUGGCUCGGCGGAGGAACGCGGCAGAUUUCCUUUUUGCCUCCAGAGUGUUUCGUUAUGGCAGCCUCCAGUGAACAAUGACAUCCUUUGACAAAUACAAAUGCCAAAAAGCCAGACGAAAACAGUGGCCUUGUUUCACUUUUACUCCAAGACAGUGAAAUGGUGCUCUUAAAGUUUUGUUAUUGACUCUCACUGGAAAAAAACCAAACUCCUGACUGGACCUUUUUUCCCCUGCCCUGUCCCAGUGUUCUUACAGAUGCUUGACUUAGUGACAUCAUGUAGUAGGCCCUGAAGUGCUGUCAUAAUUAAGUUGCAAUGGUUUUAUACACUUCCCCAUUUCCCAACAGCUUUCUAUCAGUUCUGCAUUCUUUUUCCUGGGGCCUGAUUUUCCCAUGUUAUUGGUUAGCAGAUAGGCUUGUGGCCUCUUUUGUUCCAACCACCUAUGAAAAACGUCAAAGAGCAGAUGAUCCGUGCUAUUUUCAUGCACUCUGCAUCAUUAUUACCACUCCCAUCUACUUGGCACUGUUGGUGGCCUCGCUUCCUUUUGCUCUGAUUGGCUUCUUGUUAUGGUCUCCGCUCCAGUCAGCCAGACGGCCGUAUAUCUACUCCAGACUAGAAGACAAGAACCACGUGAAUGGAGCCACAUUGCUUACUGAAUGGAAGGCUGCAGGGAAUGGGAAAAGCUUCUGCUUUGGCAGUGCCAAUGUUUGCCUCCUGCCAGAUUCUCUGGCAAGAUUUAAUAAUGUUUUCAACACACAGGCCAGGGCUAAAGAGAUUGGCCGGAGGAUCCGAAAUGGGGCAAGCAGACCACAGAUCAAAAUAUACAUAGAUUCUCCUACCAACACAUCCAUCAGUGCAGCGAGUUUUAGCAGCUUGGUCUCCCCCCAGGGUGGAGAUAACACUAAUCGUACUGUUAAUGCUGGCAUCAAAAGGACAACAUCAAUGGAGUAUAAAGGAGACAAUUCUGGCUCAAACAACAGUGAGGAUAGUAGAGAAGAUAAAGUUGGAGCUGGAGAGUCAAAUGAGGGAGAAGAAAACAGUUGCAUUGUCCGCAUAAAUGGAGAGGAUAAUGGCCACAUGUCAGACACAGAACCAGAUACCGUCAAUGGCCAGGCUCAUGCCAGUGGCCCAGCAGAGCCCUCACUGGAAGGUGAUGUGGAGAUCUCAAAAACACCUAACCACAAACAGAAAGAAGGCGAUUCUGGGAGUUUAGACAGCUACUCUGCUUCACGAGAGUCCUUAGUUAAAGUUCGUGUUGGAGAUGGUACAGUGGACCAAAGCACUGUCAACAACAAGCUCCUCUACAAAGCUUCAAUCAUGAAGAAGACUUCAGUGCGGAAAAAGAAACAUACAGAUGAGACCUUUGAUCAUGAGAUCUCUGCUUUCUUCCCUGCCAACUUAGACUUUCUGUGUUUGCAGGAAGUGUUUGACAAAAGAGCUGCAGAGAAAUUGAAAGAGCAGCUUCAUCACUAUUUUGAAUAUAUUGUCUAUGAUGUUGGGGUCUACAGUUGCCAUGGCUGCUGUAGCUUUAAGUUUGUGAACAGUGGUCUACUUUUUGCCAGCCGCUAUCCUGUUAUGGAUGCUGCCUAUCACUGUUACCCCAACGGAAGAGGAACGGACUCCUUGGCUUCCAAGGGAGCCUUGUUUCUCAAGGUGCAAGUGGGAAGUACACCUCAGGACCAAAGAAUUGUGGGAUACAUUUCCUGCACUCACUUGCAAGCUAUUGCAGGAGAUACUACUGUUCGAUGUGAGCAACUGGAUAUGCUUCAAGAUUGGCUGUCUGAAUUCAGAAAAUCUACCUCCUCCUCCAGUACAGCCAAUCCAGAGGAGCUGGUGGCAUUUGAUGUAAUCUGUGGAGAUCUCAACUUCGAUAACUGCUCCUCUGAGGACAAGCUGGAGCAACAGCAUUCUCUGUUUACACACUACAAAGACCCGUGUCGAAUUGGUCCUGGGGAGGAUAAACCAUGGGCAAUUGGUACCUUGUUGGACCCUGAAGGAUUAUACGAUGAAGAAGUGUGCACUCCAGACAACCUACAGAAGGUGCUGGAAAGUGAAGAAGGAAGGAAAGGAUACUUAGUCUAUCCCACCAGCAAGAACCACAGUUCCAGUCAAAAGGGGAGGAAAGCAUCGCUGAAAGGAAACGGGAGGAGGAUUGACUAUAUGCUCUAUACAGAAGAAGGUCUCUACCUGGAAUGGAAAGUGGAAGUGGAGGAGUUCAGCUUUAUUACCCAGUUAGCAGGCUUGACAGACCACCUACCAGUAGCAAUGCGUCUCAUGGUGUCUACAGGAGAAGAUGACCCUUAAAACUGACCAGCUUUGAGAGAUUAGAAGAGGGAAACGUUAAUGAUAUUAAGAAAAUAUCAGAGGAAAAGAACGAACUAUUCUGGUGCCACGUUAGGAAAGAUGACCAGACCUGACCCGGUCUACCCCAGAACAUACCAACGAUGGCAGAUAUACAAAGGGAAGAAAUGGAAGGGUUGUGGCCAAAAGCCACUGUCACAAGUUGCUCAGGCAACAGGGCAGGCCUGUACUACAAUGCUUUCACUGUGGACCGAACGGAACUAAGAUGGAAGUCCUAAUUCCUUCUGAACCAGUGCCAUUCUUACUAAAACAUGUUUUUAUACUAAUAUAUAGCACAAUUUAGUUUGUAAUUAGUCUGUGAGUUAGUGCUGCUAAAUGGUUUUUUGCAUCAUUUCUUUGUAUAACUAAGAAGCUAAAGCUUUUUUUCUUUUUUUCGCCUGUUAAAAGUUGUAGUAGCGUGCUUGCAUCAGUAGCAUGCGCCCGCACUGCAUGCCACUCGGAGAUAAAAUAGUCAGUAAGAUACCAUGGGGAAUAUCAGAAUGGAAGCGAGUUCAAAAAUCAGAUACCAGCCAAAGCAAGGCAUUCUGGGACUGGCAAACCCUUCUGUCAUUACAGAUAGACCUUAAAACAAACAAACAAAACCUAUUCAGUUUGCAGACCAAUAUCUUCCUGUCUGAUUUAAGAUUCAGAAUGAAGACUUUAAGAACACAGUUCUACCCUUAUUCCAGCUGUGUUCCCACUGAAAUUAUGAAGUGUUUUGUCUGAAUAAUGACUCCAGAACUGGGCCUUUAGCUUUCUAAGCGCAACUUAUUCCCUUAAGAAGAAAUAUGGUUCCCCUGUAACGUCUUUUCUUUCUUUCCCAUACGUGGGGCAGUUCUGAAUUAUGGUAUGAGAUGAUAUGUAUGUUACAGUAGAGUGAAUAGAUUCCUGUAGUACCAUUGGUAACACCAGAGCCAACAUUCUGCCUUAGCUAGAAAGAGUAAGUGGGAAAUAGCUUGUAAAAUGCAUGCUAGAUAUAGAGUUAAAAUAAAUGUAAGUGAUAUUUUGCGAGAAAAAGUGUAGAACAGUGUAUGAUUGAUAAGGCAGGAUAACCUAACAAUUUUCCAAAGGAAUCAGUACACUAAAAGGGAAAGUGUGGUGUGGCUAGCUACUAGAGAGUAGAUCUGACCUAUGUCUGUGAGACAAUUCUCCAUUUAUUAUGCACUCACAGACUGUAAUAGGGGUCUUGCCGUCUAAUGCAUACGUUCUUUCCACUGCGGCUCUUUAAAUGUGGGGCUCCCCUCUGCCAUCUUAUCCCCAUGACCUGACCUACCCAGCCUCUCUAACCUUAAACAAAAAUAAUGAAAAGCUGAGAAGCAGGUCCAUAAUGAGACUUGACAUCUUUUUAGGGAUUUAAAUUCAGAAGGGUUUGUGUUGUUGGGAGAACAAUGAGACCCCUUGUGUUUUAAACGAUACUUAGUUUCUUCUGCCUACUUCCUGUUCAAUUUUAGUGUUACUUCCUCUUACAUUACAAAUUCCCUGUGUAGAAGAGUUAAUCUAAUACUUAUACUUACUCCAUUAAGUAAACUGUUUUAGUUAUGCUGGCCACAAACUCCUGAAGACGUUCCUGUUUUGGUUUAGUUUAUACCUGCUAGGAAUCAGCUUGAGCUAAAUCAGAAUAGAUUUAAAUUAGAAACCCCAGUCUGCACAGCCUCUGGUACUAGCUUAAUUAGCUGCAGUAAACAGAACUUUCAAUUAAACCAGCCCGAUUUUGCAAGUAGAGAAACUCAUAAAAGUACUGGACUAACAGUAUUUGCUAAUUCCAAGUAGGUAGUAGGCCGCUUCUCACACUCUCCCAUUGCACCUGGUCUAGACCCGUUUUAUGCCUCAUUUUCCAGUCCUGGCAUCCCUUCAGCAGAGACUGCCUCUUAAAAGUGUACUGUGCCAAACCAUGGGGUAGUCUGCAAGUGUCACCCAUGGGGACUCAACAAUGGAACCAGACUCAAUUCCCCUUUUUGAUAAAAUUAGGAAUUCAAGUUUACAGCAUCAGAGACUUUAGCGUACUAUCCCAGUGCACCACUAGUUUCCCACUUUGUAUGUUUCUCUUUAUACAGAGGGUGCACCUAUGUGCAAUGUGUUUUUCUGGUUUCUUAUCUCUCCACCCAAUGCAGAAAGACUUGUACCUGAAACAAUGCUUUUAAUCCUAUUUUGUACCUUGCUUGUAUUUUAUUAACCUUUUUAAAAAAACCAAACGGUUAUCAGUAGCAAUUUGUGUGCUGUCCAGCAGCUAUUUCUCAGUAGUAAGAGUAAAUAUAAGCUACAGUAUUUUUAAUAGCUUUCCUAACAAUGUAAAUUACAAUUUGAUAUCAACUUCACUAAGUAUCAAUUGUAGGAGCUGAAUUUGACACUGCGUAGGAUAUAAUCAUAAAACUACUGCCAAACAAUGUUACAUUUACAGUAAAACUAACAUGGUCUAAAUUACUUCUAAAUUCGUUCUGUGGCUUCGUGCUGACUAAAAACCAGGCACUUUUGUCAACUUUUUGAGAUACGUCGAGAAAUAUUUUUUCAAAUUUGAAGUAAACUGUUUUAGAUUUUGAUGCUCUUAGUUUCUCGGUGAUCAAGAAAUGGAUAGUUGUAAAAUGUUCUCUUUAAACAAUACACAUACAUUUAAUCAGUCUAGGUAGUUCUUACUAAUUUACUGUCUCAAGGAUCUAACUUUGCAAGAGUGAUGCUGGGAAGUACAGCAUUGUGGCACCAUUGUACAGAUGCUCCUUGCUUUUUUGCAUUGAUCCUGUGCCUUCUGAUACCUUGGUACGCUUGCAGGAGUCAGACAGCGUAUGUACCAGUAACCUGUAACCAACAGGCUCUCCUUUGCAGCGGAGUAACAUCCCGGAGGAAAAUGAGUUUUCUCUACACCACUACUACCACAGUUCCAUAUACUAUCUCACAUAGAUACUGGCAGGAUAUCAAUUGUUACAAGCCUUAGACAGAUAACAUGUAGUAGAAUAUUUGCAUUAAAAAAAGAAGGGCGGGGGGGGCAGGGAGGGUGGCAGAACAUGCCCAGGAAAUCAAACCCUGGAUUGCAUUUUCAGAUGUCAAUCUCACUUUGCUUAAGGAUAGCAUGACCAAAUUUAUUAGUAGGAUGUUAUUUAUAAGAAUUUGGAGUUAAGCUUACACUGCUUAAGCUUACACUACCCCACUUUGUAUGGGAAUUUCAGGUAUCUUCAAGAAGUGGGUGAUAAUGCUAUUCUUGGUUUAAUAAGUGCCACUCAACAGGGAUAUUGUAGAUGAAGUGUCAUCUGUUUUUAUAAAAGCUACAUAACAUCUUCUGGUUCUCAUAUUCAGUUCACAUUUUACAACAGCACUUCUAGAACAAGUGAACAAAAGACACAAAUGAGGACACCAAAACCUAAGAACUUCCAGAAGUUUCAAGGAUGUCAGGUCCUUACAAACCUGGUACCUUUAGAUCACUUCUAGAAUACAACCUACAGAAAACAGUACGUAGCCUCUCAAGCACGUUCAGAUCCAGUUAAUCUGUGUGCUGUUUGUCUGAGGGUCUGUGGGAUGUGUGAUCCACCUGCUGUGCACCACAGCUCAGCCACCAAGGACUGGGGUAGCAACACCUAGUGUACAGUUCCAUGCUAUGUGGUGGUAAGACACUGGCCCAGGUUGCCCAGAGAAGCUGUGGCUGCCCCAUCCCUGGAGGUGUUCAAGGCCAGGCCGGAUGGGGCUUUGAGCAACCUGGUCUAGUGAGAGGUGUCCCUGCCCAGGGCAGGGGCUUGGAACUGGAUGAUCUUUAAGGUCUUUUCCAACCUAAAUCAUUCUGUAACUCUAUAUGAAAAAGUGCUUACUAUAACUAAUUCAAGUGGCGGACAUUGUUUUAUUCCAUCACAAACUGGAUGCUUAAUAGAAGCUGUCUAAAGCAACCAAACAAACUCUACCACAUGCUGGCUCUAGGUGUAGCCUGCUGUAGAGGAACCCUUGAGAAAGCUGUCUGGUACAACCAGUUUACCUAUCUUGUACUAGUAUUAUGGCAAGGUUUUGUCCCAGAAGCACUCUCAGCUACUCUGGCUAGAACCUCAUUCCUACUUGUUGGGUAAGACAGUAAGAUUUAAGGAACAACUUACAAUUCCAAUAAGGUUUUUGGUUUUUUUAAAUAGCCUUUGUUCGGUGGUCCAGAUUAAGCAGAUCUGACUGUCCCCAGUUUGGUCUCUGAGCUGCCCUGGGCUCACACAGCAGCACAUAGUGUCAGCACAUAUCAUCAGCUCAGAAAUUAAGCAUUUUUACUUCCUCCUGGCACUAUAGGACGAGAACAGAAAUACCAUUCAAGCACUUUGGAAAACUCCCAAUUUUAUCAUCCAUUCCAAUGAGGGUUAAAUUGUUACCGAAAGUCUCAUUUUUCCAUACCAUCUUGUUUUAAAUAUAAUCUUGAUGCUUUUAAAGACUUGUAUUAUUGCUGAGGUUUAGAAAUCCUGUAAGAAGAAUAACCUUUUUUAUUUCAAUGAUUUUUCGGUAUUGUAUCCUUCUGGAACCUAAUGUUUUUAUAUGGUAAGCACACACCUUCUGACAUUUUGUUAUAAAUGUAUUAAAAAAAAUAAAAGUUUAAAUAUUUUCAUUGGUUUCUUUGCCUGCAAGAAAACCACAAUCUCAGACCUGAUUAAAACAAGGUAUUUUGAACAAUAGGGAGGGGUUUUUGUCUUUUGUUGGUGCUGAAAGGAAUAACUGGUUGAUGCAAACAAGAUAAUAAAAU